AGACCAAUGAGCGUCACCAAUGACAUGACAACUCCCUUAAGGUAUGCUCCCUAAGCCGGAUGAGAUACACCUGCAACAAGGCGUAGAACAGAGCACUUCACUCCUCGGCAGAGCUUCACAGCUGUUGUUUUGUCGCCCCAUUUUUUGUUUUAAUCGCAGAGGUCCGAAAUAAGAGAGACCCUGGGUCCACUCCGUGCCGGUGUCGCUCUCCUCGUCAAACCAGUUCUGCUGCAGAGCCUUGCAGCAGAGCAGAUGGACCAGGUAUCCAACCGGUCAGGAGUGGCCAGUGAUGACAUCACAGAUGAGUCGGCAUCAGUGGAUUUCAGGUGGAGCUCUGAUGAAGAAGAGAGCUCUGACCCUCAGGGACAGUGUCUUGUGGGACCUCAAACUCCGCUGCCGACCUACAAACAGAGGUUAGAAGAGUUUAAGAAGUUGUUCAAAGAGCUGCCGGAAUCGGAGAGACUCUUAGUGGACUGCACGUGUGCCCUCCAGCGGGACAUCCUCCUUCAGGGACGUCUCUACCUCUCAGAGAACUGGCUCUGUUUCUACAGUAAUGUGUUUCGCAGUACCAAGAUUACAUUGACUUUUAAAGACGUCACCAAUGUAACCAGAGAGAAAACUGCUCGGCUGAUUCCCAACGCCAUCCAGAUCUGGACGAGUACAGAGAAGUUCUUCCUCACUUCCUUCUCAGCAAGAGAGAAAACUUACCAGAGUGUUUUCCGCAUGUGGCAAAACACACUGUUGGACAAGCCUCUGACCAGUUUGGAAUUGUGGCAGAUGGUUAAACAGCAGUAUGGGUAUGACCUGGGCCUAAGCCAUGAGGAGAUGGAGAGCUUACAGAUAUCAGCGGAAUCGAGCGUGCAGACCAGCCUGACGGUGAGGCCUGGUGGUGAUGAUAGUCUAGGGAGGCUGGAGAGGACGUCCUCCCUACGCCUGCCUGGGUUGGAGCAUGGACCCUUAGAGGCCUCCACACCUCAAGGGGAGGACUUGCCUUCACCUAGUGGCUCACAGACGUCUGCCAACAUGCAGGAUGACUCUCGCAACACCUCCAGUCAGCGGCGCAGUCCUGCUCCCUCUCUGGACCGCUUUGCUCCAGAACGGCUUUCAAAGCGCUCCACGCUUUCUCUUGACCUCAAUGCCAAUGAGAACGGCCCAUCCGAGCAGAGCGGUUCGGAAAGCAUUGAGGAAGCGGAGGAGCGAGUGGGUUUGUCCGAGGUGCAGGGUCGACUUUAUCUAAACAAAGUCUUCCACAUCAGCGCUAACAAGAUGUUUGAGUUGCUCUUCACUGACUCCAGCUUCAUGCGCAGGUUCAUGAACACCAGGAAGAUAACCAACACCAUCUUUAAUCCCUGGCUAAAAGACGCCUCGGGAAACAUGAAGAGGGUUUUAACCUACACAAUAACCAUCAACAACCCUCUGAUUGGCAAGUUCUCCACUGCAACAGAGUACCAGACACUGUACAAAGAAUCCAGGGAUGGUCACUAUUAUCUUGUGGACUCAGAUGUGUACACUCACGAUGUUCCCUACCACGAUUACUUCUACACUCAAAACCGGUACUACAUCAUACGAACCUCGAAGAGGAAGUGUCGACUUAGGAUCUGUACUGAUGUGAAAUAUAAGAAGCAGCCAUGGGGCCUUGUCAAGUCCUUUAUCACCAAAAACUCCUGGAGUGGCAUAGAAGAUAAUUUCAAGCAGCUGGAAGCAGAACUGCUGGAGGAGGAAGCAGAGAUGAACCAAGGAGGUGGAGAGUCUGGGAAGAUGAGCGGACUUCGGAGGAGGAGACGGACUUACAGUCGGACUCUGCCAGAGCACAUGAAGCCCAGCAAGCAGUAUGGACAAGACUCUGAGCAACACAGAGAUGGAAACAUGGGCCCAAUGGAAUUGAAUGGUCCGCACAGAUGGAGCACCACAACAAUAGUGGUUGGGAUGAGCGUGAUUUUGGUGAUUCUUGCGUUGAUGAAUCUGGGUCUGUUUUUAAAGUUGUGGGCCAUGGAGGAUGUAGCCCACCGUGUGUACCUGAGCACAAAGCAUCGGCUGAGGGAGAGGACUGAGGCCAGCUUGGCAGCUGAAUAUGGUUCGAGACAGGGACCGCAGUAUACGACGAUAGAGGAUGCACAGCUGCUAAAAACUGUAUUGCAGGACUCCAUUAACCUUUUAGAGCAGCUCCGCAGCUCUCUGGUGGUGCUGCAGCAGAACUUUGCUUCAGCCAAUCACACAGCAGCACCACAGUGAUGCGCCACACCUGCUGACUACAGAGCUACCUGUGUCCCCGGCCCUGUGGAGGAAACUGCGGCGGUGAACUGCCUCUGAGGAAGUCUCUGGUAUCCAGUGAUGUUGCCAUGUAGACGUCCCCAGACCCCUGAAUGCCAUUGUGUUUGCCCAAGGUUACACACCCCAAAGCCUGUGGUGGGCCAUUGAGUACCAGGAUGUUUUUAGAGCUGCGGACUGACUGCCACAAGUAGUAAAAUCUAAAUCAGCUGCACACCAAGCAGUGGGUUUAGGUUUCUGUAGGAUGCGCCUGGCCUCCUUUUCACACAUGCCACACCAGAUGAGCUACUGUAAAUACUUUUUUGUUUUAAUAAAGGGAAGUGACUCAAUAUUAUUUAAAAUUUCCUCUGUUUACAUGUUUGCACACGUAUUUUCUUUGCACAAGUGCCUCAUAGAUUAGGCAGUGCUUUUAAUCUCUUUGGGGAUUUUUAUUUUUAUUUUUUUCCAAUAAAAAUUGUAGAAUCGGUCAUUCAGAUUUGAAAGUUUGUUCUCUCUUUUGUAAUCAUGUAAAUGUAGUCAACAUUAAAAUGCAAUAGAAAAAUAACCUCUACAUUUUUUAAGUCUGCACAUGAGCCAAAUUCUUUCUUUUUCAGAGCACAUCUUUAAUACAUAUUUCAUACUGUUAAAGGGAUGCAUUGUAAAUUAAGGAGCCAAAACAAUGGUGACGUGCCUGAUUUAUCCUCAUCACUAGUACAUCACAGAAAUCAGUUUUAUGUGCUUCCUUUUUCCUCGUCCUUUCUUGCACUGAACCAUAUAGGCUCUAAUUUUUAUUCAUUCUGAUGUUCUUUCAAUGAAGGUGUACGGUCAGUGAGACUAUUCCAGGUUAUCUCAGUACUGUAUUCUCACACUGUCAACACACUGUUCUGAUUUCCACUUUACUCCAUUUGCUGUAUUUAUGAAUCAACUGUUGGUGACACACCAUUACAGCUGCUUGAGCGUUUUCUUGCCAUCAUCCUUGUCUGUGUGCCUGACUCAGCUGUUUAUGUGUGCUGACUUAUUUAAAAUUGGUUGCUGUAUAUUUUUAGCCAUAUUGCAAUACAGUAUUUUUACAAACAA